AGUCAUGUACGAACUUAAAACACAGAACAAAAUAGUAGACACAGAAACUUAAACCGUAUAGUUUAAAAAGGAAAAGGAGUGACACACAAGCUUGUUGGAAAGGACCAUGUGAUUCAAACUGAGAUUUAAGCAAACCAGGUUAAAAUUUGAGGUUAUGUUGACAAGAUAGUUUGUUUUGAUUCGUCGAAGUAUUCGAUUCAGUACUAUUAAGUGUUUCAGUGUUUGUUUAGCUAUAAAAUAUAAACUUUUUUCCUGUAUGAAUGUGUGAAUAACAGUUUAUUACUAUUAUUGUUGUAGAUAGUGAAGUUGUCUUGUGUGAAGUGAAACUAAAAAAUUAACUAAUUUGUUAUAAAGGGACAGUGAUUAUAAAUAUUAAAGCAAUAGGUAUGGCCAAUAGAGUGACUGGCACUUGUUGCACAGCGUCGGUGGAACGCGCAGGCCUGCCGGGCCUUCUUAGAGAUCUACAAAGAUUAUCAGAAGAUCAAGAUUCGGCAGAUAUCGUGUUUAUUUUAGGCCCCAAUGAAGAAAAAGUUUAUGCCCACAAAAUAAUUUUAAUUGCAAGGUGCAAAAGCUUCCAGAACACAAAGCGUGGCGAGGUGUGUCGUAUUCCCGGAUGUACGGUAACGCCAUCUAUCGGCCAGCCGACUCCUAUCCGCCUGCAACAUGUACAGCCGGAGACAUUCAGGCUCUUCACCCAGUAUGUUUAUACUGGAAAGUUAUUAUUACAAGAUUCUGGAGUAUUUGAGAUGAUGACGCUAGCUGCGGACUUGGGAGUAGAAGAUCUUCGGGCGGCAUGUGAGGAUCACGUUACUUCCACUUUGAGUGUCGAGAGUGCUUGUACUCUUCUAGCAGCUGCUAUGGAAAUUCAAGAUAGACCAGGUGGUAAGAGCGCAUCUUCUUUCUUAGAGCGCUGCAUAUCAUUCAUUGGAGACAAUGCUGCGGAUUGUGUCAAGACUAAUGCGUUCCUCAACCUCCCAAAAGAAGCACUCAUCAAACUCAUAUCUUCAGACUUUCUGUGUCUGGAGGAGGAGGAGGUGUGGCGUUGUGCUCUGGCGUGGUCCAAGCAGCGGGCCGGCGUGACGCAGCCCGCCGUGCAUUGGACGGGCGAGGAGCGAGCCCGGGUCUGCCAGCACCUGGCCCCGCUCAUGCAGCACGUGCGACUGCUACUCAUCGACAGUACGGUGUUCGCGGAGGAGGUGGAACCCACGGGAGCCGUGCCCAUGGAACUGUCCUUGGAGCGCUACCGCCGCGCCGCACUGCACGCCGCACCGCGACACGAGCCCGACAAGAGGACGCAGCCUCGGUCGGCCGUGAACAUGUUCGUGGGGUCGGUGAUCCUGCAGCAGGACCGCGGGGGCCUGCAGUCCCUGGUGAACAGCUGGUGUGGGGCGCCGGGGGGCCGGCGGGCCUGGCGGCUCGUGUUUCGCGCCUCCAGCCACGGCUACUCUGCCGCCGCCUUCCACACGCACUGUGACGGAGUGGCGCCCGUGUUACUCUUAGUACAGCUGUCCCGGGGCGAGGUCAUAGGCGGCUACAGUACGGCGGGCUGGUCCCCGGGCGGGGCGGGCGGCUACGUGUCUUCGGAGCGCGGCCUGCUGUUCUCCCUGAGCGAGCCGCCGGUCCGCUACCCGCUCCUCAAGAAACCCUUCGCCCUCUGCUACCAUCCAGACUGUGGGCCCAUAUUCGGCGCGGGUGCGGACCUGCUGAUCUCCAACAACUGUAACAUGAACAGUGACAGCUACAGUAACCUCCACUCGUACGGGGACGGCUCGCUGGGGUCACUGGGAUCCCUGGGGUCUCCGGGGCCCCAGCCCGCGCCCUCCUCGCUCGCCUCUGAGUACAACUUCACCGUCCGCGACUACGAGAUCUUCACGCUCGACCACUAACCCUCGAUGAACCUCACUGCGUAUCAUUUCUGUUAUUAAAUGACACUGAAUUCGUAAAACUAA